AUGCAGGAGUGGCGAUGUCACCCUACCAAACUUUCGGAUAUAGAGUUGUACCUGAACGAGCGUAUUCUGGAUCUGAACACCAGCAACCGAGAGUUGACCUUCCAGGACUUGGAAGGACGAGAGCUUUGGAGACUUCCAGCAGAGGGCCAGGUGACGCUCGAUCCGGAACUGCCCUUCAAAGCGAUGAUUCACCUCAGCUCAGGGCUUAGAACGGUGUCGAAGUCUCGGAACGCGCUGGUCAGUCAAGGCUUCAAGAGGAUCGUGAGUCAGACACCUCGGUUCUUCGAGGCCACUUGGGCCACCAUCCUGGUGGGGAGGCCAACCCUUUGCCUGCUGCUGGGGGAGAUUUCCGCCUGGUCGCCCGGAGCCCAGCGGAGCCCCGUGGAGCCUUGGCUUGAAGACGUGGCCAGUUUCAGUUUGAGCCCUCGCCCCGGCUCCAAGGUGGACGAGGGGCUUUUCAUCGACAGGCCAGAGAUCGUGGAGGCCAGGCAGCACUUUCCCUCAAGAAGAACAGCUUGCUCCGCUUUUGCCUACGUUUCGAUAUGCGAAGCGGGUGGGCAGGGAAACCGUUCGGUCCUGAUCCCGGCGGCGGCGACUUGCGGUGACUACAACUUCAGCUGCGGAGAGGGUAGGCAGCUGAUCGACAAUUCGACCUGGUACAGGUGUGCCGACCCAGACGCCUGCUCAGAGCUGGACAACGAGACCUGCUGCGAGGAUAUGCCGUCGACAACCAGCAGCUCGACGACCACGGAAGCUCCAUGCGUGCUCAACGACACAAACUGCAGCAAUGAAACUCUUGAACUUGGCCGGCGGCUCAUGGGCCCCAUGAGCCCUCCGAUGGAUGUGACGGUUCUGGAAGCUACCUUUGACAUUCAGGUGCUGGCAUCACCCGUGUUUGUGCUUCCCAUCAAAGUCUGCGAGACGAGGUACCAGGACUUGCACAACCGCACUGCGAGGAUCUACGUCAACCUUCAGGUUCCGGUGAACGUUCGCGGGCGGCGAGUGCCGCAGGAAUUCGAGGCCAUGUGCUCUUUCUUCGGUUUGCGCAGCGGCAUGACCAAUUCCGAAGCUUCCUUUCUGCUGGUCUCGCUGCUGGCUGGGCAUCUGGCUUCGUGUGUCGAAAGCCCGGCACCAAGCCCUGCAGACAAGACAGUGGUAUUGCUUGUCGAUGAGCUUGCCUUCCACAUGCGCUUAGCUUUCGAGACUUGCUCUUUGUCCGCAGAUGGUGAAUGUCCGAGUGAGCGCACUGCCAGCCCUCCGUGGCUGCCGGGGAAGGAGGAGCUAGCGAAGAUCGCUGCAGGGAAGCGACCCCUUGGAUUUUACUGUCUUCGCUCGCCUGCAGAUGAGCGGGCGAUGGUCCUCUGCGAGCUUCAAACGAAGGAGGACGGGAAGCGUUGCUUCCACAUUCCUGCAUCCAAAGGCCUUGAGCAGUUUGAGGUGGAAGAACUGCCCUUCUCUGAGGGAAAGCUUGGAGGGCAUCUGUGGGAUGGUGGCAUCCUCAUGGCCAUCUGGGCAGCGCAGAGAUGCGACGCACUGGCCGGACACCGAGUGUUGGAGCUUGGCUCAGGUGUGGGGCUUCUGGGAAUCGUCUUGGCGCGAUGUUGUGCUGCCUCCGUGGUUCUUUCAGACUUCGGUCCCAAUGAGAGUGCAGUGGAGGUGGCCGAGGACAAGGAUCGUCUCAUCCCACCGUUGCUGCUGUCGAAUCUGCGGGACAAUGUUAUGCGCAACAGACUGAGCAAUGCUGAAGUUUGGCAUUUGGACUGGCUGGACUUCCUCCGAGGCCGGGAGCCGACCGAGCGCUUCGAGCGAGUUGUUGCAGCUGAUGUGGUCUACUAUGCUGCAGAUUUGCCUGCGCUGGCAUCUGCCAUUGCUGCACACUUGCUUCCAGGAGGCCUUGCCUUCGUCGCUGUUCCUCGCCGGCAGUGGCGCGGUGCGCAGGCCUCCGAGCGCAGUACCGCGGAGGACCUGGUGAAAGCGCUGGAGCCUUUCGGUGAGGUGCAGGUGGAGGAAUUCAUCGGGUACUGCUGCACCCUGGAGGAGCAUCCUGUCGCAUUAGUCCAGCUGCAAAGAUCAGCUGACUGA